UGCCCCCUCUCCCCUAGUCGCUCCCAGACCCAGUGUAGUUGGAGUUGCCUCUGGCUGGCCCUCUGCUGCGUCACAACACAGAAACUACGUAAUACUUUGGGUGACAAUCGUCGAAAGCAAAGCAGAAAGAAUUUGAUUGCACAAGAUGAGAGUAUAUUUCAAUUUUAUGUUCAUUCUCCUUGGGUUAUGCAUAGCUUCAUGUUUUAGAUCAGCUUCUUGUGCUGUCAAACACCCCUUCGUCGGAAUUUCUCCUCAAGAUGAGAAGUACUACAAGUCAUCAUCGGAUACCAUCAAAUGCAAAGACGGAUCCAAGAAAUUCUCCAAAUCCCAGCUCAAUGAUGACUUCUGCGAUUGCCCUGACGGCACCGAUGAGCCUGGUACAUCGGCCUGCCCAACUGCAAAAUUUUACUGCCAAAAUGCGGGACACCUUCCGCAAUUCUUGUUUUCUUCUAGAGUGAAUGAUGGUAUCUGUGAUUGUUGUGAUGGGAGUGACGAGUAUGAUGGUCAAGUGAAGUGCCCCAAUACCUGCUGGGAGGCUGGCAAAGUGGCUAGAGAUAGGCUGAUCAAAAAGAUCUCUACAUAUAAGGAGGGGGUUACACUGCGAAAGCUGGAAAUUGAACAGGCUAAAAUAGCUAUAGCCAAAAAUGAAGCAGAACUAACAAAGCUUAAAGAUGAGGUGAAGAUAUUGAAGGGCCUUGUUCAAGAGCUUAAAGAACGUAAAGAACAGAUAGAGAAGGCAGAGGAGAAAGAGAGGCUGCAGAAAGAGAAGGAAGAGAAGGAAAAAAGAGAAGCUGAGGAAGCUUUAAGGGAGAAAAGGAAAGCUGAGGAGGAAGGGAAGGUGGAAAAUGAAAACGUUGAGCAAGAAGCCAGAAGUGAAGACAAACCAACAGAAAGUACACAUGAUGAUACAAUUGGCAACAUCAAGGAUUCUUCUUCAAAUGAGGACCCCAAAGUACAUGACAGUUAUGAUGAUCCAGCAGCAGAAGUUGAAAAUGAUGAUACUUCCAAAACUGAAGGAGCUCCACUUAAUAGUGUAGAGGAGCAUGUGUUAGAAAAUGAGCAUGGGCCUGCUUCGGCAAAACGCGAGGAUGAUUCUGCUGUUGCAGCUGAAAUUGAUCAUGAUGCUGGAAGCAAAGUAUCACCUGAUGAAGUCAAGAAAGUGGUAAUUUUCUCUAGUCACCAAGUUUCCUUGUUUGUCACAAGCUUAGUAACCUUGUAAUUUGAUAAAAUAAGC